AGCUCACACACUCAACCUACUUCUCCCUCGUCCUCUCUCCUCUGGCCCUCCUUCCGGGCAUAGCUUCAGCAAUGCCUCAGCUCAACUGCCUCGCCACCUUCGAUCCGCCGUGCACGUCGCGUACCUGGCUCUCAACACCACACCCCCACCUCCCCAUCAUCGCAACCGCAUGCUCAGAUAAGACCGUCCGUAUUUACAGCCUCCAAACCUUCAAACAACUCAGCGUCAUCUCAGGCGGCCAUAAACGAAGUAUUCGAUCUUGUGCGUGGAAGCCCGACUCCGUCGGCGAAAGCGUGCUCGCCACAGGCUCCUUCGACGCGAGCGCGGGAAUAUGGAAACGAUGGGAAGAAGGUGCAGGAGCAGGGACAGUCGGCGGAGUGAGCAAGUCAAAUGCGGAUGAUGAUGGAGAUGAGCCAAUGGACUUCACAGGAGGACUGGCAGGUGGGAGUGCGGAGAAAGAGGAAGACGAUGAGGAGUGGAGGUUAGAAGUCAUUCUCGACGGACAUGAUUCAGAGAUCAAGAGUUUGGCGUUCUGUCCUACGGCGCCAUUGCUGGCAACUUGCAGUCGAGACAAGAGUGUGUGGGUGUGGGAGGAGCUGGACGACGAUAAUUUUGAGACUAUGGCAGUGCUGCAGGAUCAUGAGGGAGAUGUGAAGUGCGUAGCUUGGCAUCCAGAGGAGCAACUGCUCGCCUCCGGGAGUUACGAUGAUCGAAUACGGUUGUGGAGAGAAGAUGUAGACGACUGGGCAUGUUGCACGCUGUUGGAUGGGCACGCAGGAACAGUAUGGUGGCUGGAGUUCGAAGGAAAAGACAGGGUUGGCAACAUUGGAGGUGGAGAAGCGGAUACAGAAGAGCGAAAGGCAUUGGUUGAGGAACGAAAGAAGGCUGGGCCGCGACUCAUGAGCUGUUCUGAUGACAAGACGAUACGUGUCUGGAGAAGGAAGCCGAAGGAGAAGCCAGCAGAGCCGCCGACUGGGCAAGGCAGGAUGCCCAGCAUCUGGAAGAACAACAAUUUUGAGGAAGAGUGGGUGGAGGAAGCCAGAUUACCACAACUGCACGACAGACCAAUCUACGCUGCAAGCUGGAGCAAGAAAACUGGAAGAGUAGUCAGUGCUGGCAGCGACGGCAUCGUUGUAGUAUACGAAGAAAGAUGGAGGAAAGAGAAGCCGGUCGAUAUCGAGAUGGUGAACACAGAACCCGAUCAUGCAAAUGGAGUCGCCGAUCAUCCCGCCAGCUUGACUGAAUGGAUUUUGGUGGCCCAGGCUGAAAACGCACACGAUGUCUUCGAGGUGAACCAUGUCACUUGGGCACCUCGAUGCGAUAAAGGCAAAUGCACGGAAGAUGAAGAGGUCAUCAUCAGCACUGGCGACGAUGGAGAUGUCAAAGUAUGGACUCUAGACGGCUGAGUCUCGCCCACGCGAACGCAAUAUGAUGCUCUUUCAGAGAGCUUCACUAUCUUGCACUCGGAAUGCGCCGAAUCGUCAGUCGAACCCGCGCAACGAAGGCCAUGAACAUGGCAGUCGGACACAUUAUUUGCCAGACUUUAGUCCCCUCCUAGAUACAGACGGUCGUCUUGAAGCUGCUUCAUCAAAGGCUCCGCUCGAUCUCAGAGCCUCAAGCUCGCCAGUAACCGCUUCACGAGGACGAGAUCGAUUUUUUUGUACCACAAGCAGUCAAUACUGGCUGGGCCGCAACUCAACAUCAAAACGAGCUGUUUGGACAUGCGGCCAAAUAUCGUUGGCACGGGCUCUACCUUGUCAAGGAGCCCUACGCAACGGCCAGUUCUCCAAGACCCAGAGCUUAGUGAUAAGGCAUUGCGCUGCGAUCGCCCACGAUUCGACUUCAGAUAUGUGCCUCGUUCCGGAUUCUGGUGAGCUUAUACUCCAAGACAAUGUUAUCCGAACGAUCGAUUCCACCUCGAACAAGGCCUCGCUGCAUGAAUAUAUCUAUGCGCC